UGGGUCCUGCAGCAACUGUCUCUGGGAGGGCACACCCUCGUGCUGGUCCCUGAGGCGCUCUUGGGCUUCGCCAUCCAGCAGGGAUUCUUCUGCGCAUUUGCCCCACAGAUCGCAGUCCCAGAAGAGGCCCACCACCAGGACGAGGACGAGGCCCCGGGGUUCCUGAAUCCCUGGAUGGUCCCUGCAGCCAGCUGGGUCGCUGGAACGGGGUUAGGCACCCACCCGCGGGGCCCCAUCAGACAGCCAUGGCCUUGGGCCCCCAAGCCUAGUCCAGAGAGACGCCAGGCUGGGCCCUGCUUCAACCUGAACUUCAACCUGUGGGAGCGCUUCCCCAGCUCACCGCUCCAAGCUCUACCUCCGGGGCCUGCUCCCAAGGCCCGGAAACGCCUGUUCCAGGGAUGA